CUGUGGAGAGGCAGGAUUAGGAUGAAGAUCUCAGGAAGGAGUCACAUGGACCCAACUUUUUAACUCUGUCCACUGGUUGUGCUCUCACGCUGUGUGGGAAAGUGUCUGGCGCUGUUGUGUAACUUCCAUCUCAGCGUCUGUUUUGUUUUAGCUCAUUCGUUUUAUUACUCGCCUCACUUUUUCUUGCGCUAUCAUUCAGGAUUUCGGCGACUUUGUUGUUUUUAACCGUUCGUGCUCCGUUGAGACCUUUGGCUCCUGCUGCAAACCUCACACCAUCACCGCUGACCUCCGGCUGAUGAUGCUGCUUGAUUCACUGAAGGAAACAAAGUUUGCAUGCAUUUACUCGCAAUGACCGACGACAGCAGAACUGAACACAGAGCGGAAAGCGGGAAGGACGUGGAGAAACAGCUCCGCUUGCGGGUGUGCGUCCUCAACGAACUUCUCAAGACUGAACGGGACUACAUCGGCACGCUCGAGUUCCUGUCGGUGUUCCUACAUCGUCUCAACCAGUAUGCAGCGACCAAAAUCGACAAGAACGUCACGGAGGAAACGGUUAAGGUUUUAUUCUCCAACAUCGAGGAGAUUCUGGCACUGCACAAAGACUUCCUGUCCAUGGUGGAGGAGCUGCUGCAGCCGGACCCUCACGCUCACCACGAAGUCGGCCGCUGCUUCUUGCACUUCAGGAGCCGUUUCCAGAUCUAUGAUGAAUACUGUGGGAACCACGAAAAGGCCCAGAGGCUGCUGCUGGAGCUGAAUAAGAUCAGGAGCGUCCGAACGUGUUUACUGAACUGCAUGUUGCUGGGAGGCAGAAAAAACACAGAGGUCCCUCUGGAGGGUUACCUGGUGGCUCCCAUUCAGCGGAUCUGCAAGUACCCGUUGCUGCUCAGAGAGCUGCUGAAGCGGACGCCUAAGAAGCACAACGACUACGCCCUGGUGCAGGAGUCCCUGCAGGUGAUGAAGGCCGUGUGCUCCAGCAUCAACGAGGCCAAGAGGCAGAUGGAGAAGCUGGAGAUCCUGGAGGAAUGGCAGUCCCACAUAGAGGGCUGGGAGGGCUCCAAUAUCACGGACACAUGCACGGAGAUGCUCAUGCAAGGCGUCCUGCUCAAGAUCUCGGCCGGAAACAUACAGGAGCGGAUCUUCUUCCUGUUUGACAAGCUCCUGGUCUAUUGCAAGAAGAAAAACAGGCGUUUGAAAAACACCAAAGCAUCCACGGAGGGUCCUCGCUACCUGUUCAGAGGGAGAAUCAACACGGAGGUGAUGGAGGUGGAAAACGUGGACGACGGCACAGCUGACUUCCACAGCAGCGGGAACAUAGUGAACAACGGCUGGAAGAUCCACAACACGGCCAAGAACAAGUGGUUCGUCUGCAUGGCCAAGACCCCCGAGGAGAAGCAGGAGUGGCUGGAGGCCAUUAUGAAGGAGAGGGAGUGGAGGAAAGGUCUGAGGCUCGGCAUGGAGCAGGACACAUGGGUGAUGGUGUCAGAGAAGGGAGAGAAGCUUUACCACCUCAUGACCAAAGGCAACCUCAUAAAGGACCGGAAACGCAAGCUCAGCACCUUCCCCAAGUGCUUCCUGGGAAGCGAGUUUGUGUCUUGGCUGAUGGAAGUCGGGGAGACGGGGAACCCAGAGGAAGGGGUCCAUCUGGGUCAGGCUCUGCUGGAGAACGGCAUCAUCCACCACGUCACAGACAAGCACCAGUUCAAACCCGAGCCUGUCCUGUACCGCUUCCGCUAUGACGAUGGCACCUACCACCCCCGGAGUGACAUGUAUGACGUCAUAUCCAAGGGUGUGCGACUCUUCUGCCGCCUUCACAGCCUCUUCAAUCCUGUCAUCAGGGAUAAGGACUAUCAUUUACGGACCUACAAAUCGGUAGUAAUGGCCAACAAGCUCAUAGACUGGCUCAUUGCACAGGGCGACUGCCGAACCAGGGAGGAAUCCUUGAUCUUGGGGGUGGAGCUGUGUGACAAUGGCUUCAUGCAUCACGUGCUGGAGAAGAGUGAAUUCAGGGACGAGCCCUUGCUGUUCCGCUUCUUCGCCGACGAGGAGAUGGAGGGCUCCAACACCAAGCACAAGCCCAUGAAACACGACCUGAAGAUAAUCGAGAACGUCAUCUCCAAGUCUCUCCUGAUAAGACCCAGCGAUGGAGGCUACGGCUUCACCCUGGAGGAGAGGAACCGAGUGGCCAUCGUCAAAGCCGUGGAGAAAGGCUCCCCCGCCGAGAUGGCUGGCCUGGAGGUUGGAAAGAAGUUGUAUGCCAUAAACGGGGAUCUGGUGUUCCUCAGACCUUUCUCUGAAGUGGAGGUUCUCCUCAGACAGUGUUUUAACAGCAAGGGGCCCCUCAGGGUGCUGGUUAGCACCAAGCCAAGGGAGACCGUGAAGAUCCCGGACUCGGCGGACGGGUUAGGAUUCCAGAUUCGCGGCUUCGGCCCAUCUGUUGUCCAUGCCGUUGGACGAGGCACGGUGGCCGCCACCGCCGGCCUCCAUCCGGGUCAGUGCAUCAUUAAGGUGAACGGCAUCAACGUGAGCAAGGAGAGCCAUGCCAGCGUCAUCGCUCAUGUCACUGCCUGCAGGAAGUACCGGCGGCCCACACAGCAAGAUACUAUUAAAUGGGUGUAUAACAACAGUGAAAGCGCCCAGGAGGACAAGCAGAAAAGCAACCGGAAACCCGCCCUCGAGGAGAACGGGGAUGGCUUUGACUGCAAAGUGGAAGAGGUGAUGGACAAAUUCGACACGAUCGCCAUCAUCGACGGGAGGAAGGAGCACGUGAGCCUGACGGUGGACAACGUGCAGCUGGAGUACGGCGUGGCCUACGAGUACGACAGCACGGCGGGCACCAAGUGCCACGUGCUGGAGAAGAUGAUCGAACCCAAGGCGUUCUUCAGCCUCACCGCCAAGAUCCUGGAGGCGCUGGCGCGUAAUGACGACACGCUGGUGCAGACGUGUGCCAGGCUGACGUCCGGCUGCGACGUGAUCCCCGAGGAGCUGCGGCUCCGCUUCAGUGCCAUGUGUGGCGAGAGGGUGGAGCACAUCCACCGGCGCAUCACCAACUACAGGAAGUUUGCUCGCGUGCUGAAGAACAGAGCGUGGCCCACCUUCAAGCAGGCCAAGGCCAAGGUGUCCCCCCUGCACAGCAGCGACUUCUGCCCCACCAACUGUCACAUAAACGUGAUGGAGGUCUCCUACCCCAAGACCAGCAGCUCCCUGGGCAGCGCCUUGGGCGUGCAGCUGGACAGCAGGAGAGGCACCAUGGAGAAAGGAGGCCGCAGCAGUGCAGAGGGUAAGUUGAACCCCAUGGUUCACGUCCAGCACACCAUCACCACCAUGGCUGCACCGUCGGGUCACAGUCUGGGCCGGACCGAGGGACACGGCCUCCGCUUCCUCCUCCGAGAGGAGGACCUGCUCACCCUGGACGCGUAUCAGAAGCUUCUCUACAAACUAACCACCGUCGUCAAAGAGAUGGAGAUACACGGCGCCCACAUUCACGACCUCCUGUCCUCCAUCACCCACCCCGCGGCGUCCGAGGCGAGGACCCCUGAGAGCUACAUAUCCGCGGAGGGCGAGGGAGAGCGGGGCGAGCGCAACGGGAAGAAGGUGUGCUUCAACGUGACGGGCGACGAGCAGGAGGACUCCGGACACGACACCAUCAGCAACCGGGACUCGUACAGCGACUGCAACAGCAACAGGAACUCCAUCGCCUCCUUCACCAGCAUCUGCAGCAGCCACUGCAGCUCCUACAUUCACAGCGACGAGCUGGACUCAGGAGACGAGAUGCCCUCCAGCGUGUGGCUGUCCCACGAUAAGCAGAAGAAGCUCCACAGCUUCAUGGAGCAUCUGUUUAGCCAGGUGGACUCCAUCACCAGCUUGCUGCGAGGAGCAGUGGUGGCGCGGGCGUUCGAGCAGACCAAGUGUUUCACACCUGGAAGAGGAUUACAAGAAUUUCAUCAGGAGAUGGAGCCCAAGGUGAACUGCGCCAAGAAGUUGCGUCUCCAUGUCAAGCAGGAUCCGUGGAACCUCCCCAGCAGCGUUCAGGCCCUCACGCAGACCAUCGCUGAACACGUUGAAGAGGUGAAGACGCGGCUGCUCUCAGUCUUACUGCAGUACACAGACUCAGAGAUUCAGCUGCGCCGGGACAUGGUGUUCUGUCAGUCUCUAGUUGCAGCCGUAUGUGCUUUCUCAGAGCAUCUACUGGCCGUCCUCCAUCAGUUCCACAAAGUAGGCAGGGAUUCAUACCAGGACAGCCUGGACCCCCAGGACCUCCAGGAGGCCCAGGAGGCCAGCCGUCGUUGGCUGGAGCAAAUCGCCUCUGCCGGACUGCUUUUCUACUUUCAGUCCCUCCUUUCCCCAAAUCUGACUGAUGAGCAGGCCAUGCUGGAGGACACUCAGGUCGCCCUAAUUGAUUUGGAGAAAGUCACGUUCUACUUCCAGCAAUUUGAAGGCGAGCCGCUAGUAGCCAACAUGCCCAUCUCUUAUCAGGUGGAGGGCACGCGCCAGGCCUUAAAGGUUUAUUUCCACCUGGAGAGCUUCUAUUUCUCCCAUCUGCCUCACAGACUGAAAAAUGGAGGCGGUGUCAAAAUCUACCCCGUGCUCUUCACUCAAGCGCUGGAGAGCAUGGAGGGAUAUUACUACAGGGACAAUGUUUCAGUGGAGGAAUACCAGGCCACAAUCAACGCCGCGUCGCUGGAUAAGGUCAAAGAGUACAACAAGAGGCUGAGGGCUUUCUACCUGGAUCAGUCCAACGUGCCGCCCAGCUCUGCACCCAAAGCUGCUCUCAUAGAUAAGCUGAUGCGUCCCCUCAACGCUCUGGACGAGCUCUACCGCCUGAUGGAGGGCUUCAUCGGCUGCCAGGGCGCGUCCGGCGUGGGGCUGCUCGCCGUGGCCUCUGAGCUGUGCUCGCGUCUGGGGGCCGCGCACGUGCUCAUGUGCAACAGCGGCGUCCAUCGCUGCACCCUGAGCGUGACGCUGGAGCAAGCCAUACUGCUGGCGCGCAACCACGGCCUGCCCCCCCGCUGCAUCAUGCAGGCCACCGACGUCAUGAGGAAGCAGGGUGCAAGAGUUCAGAACUCUGCCAAGAAUCUGGGAGUGAGAGAUCGCACGCCGUCGUCGGUCCCAAGGCUGUACACGCUAUGCCAGCCUCCACCUCCCGACGGCGACCCGUAGAGCGCUGCAGCCUGGAAGCUGCUGAGCAGGGACCUGGGUGCCUCGCCUCCAUAAGGAGCCACUCACCGCUCGCCAAGAUGCUCAUCAGGACUGUUUUCACACGUUCAGAGUAGCUGCCUUACAUGUAAAUAGAGUAUGAAAAAUAGUAUUUUUAAUACCUAUAUUUUUCACUGUUGUAUGUUAUACAUAUUUUCAUUUUUUUAUUAUUCAGUGCAUCUCAAAGGAAGAUGUCGGAAAGUGUCACAACAAAUACAGAUAUGUGUGUCAUGUAUGGCGUUGAUUUAUUUAGAUGUGAAGGCUGGACAUGUUUGUUUUCAUGAGGGACAUUUAUAUGUGAUUAGAUUUACUUGCCUAUGAAACAAUAUUUCUCCAUGCUAUCAUUGUGUAGCUCUGUAUUCCCUCGUCCUCACCCAUAGUUUGUCUGCUUAUGCUCAGCUGUCAUUUGUCGCCUCUGUCAGCAUUUGAUAAGCUCACGGACGUGUGUUUUGUAAUGUCAUCCAACAUGAGGUUUUUGUGUGUGUGUGUGUGUGUGUGUGUGUGUGUGUGUGUGUGUGUGUGUCUGUGUGUGUGUCUGUGUGUCUGUGUGUGUGUCUGUGCGUGUGCGCCUGUGUGUGUGUGUGUGUCUGUGUCUGUGUGUGUGCGUGUGCGCCUGUGUGUGUGUUAUUUCUCCCUGAUUUGGAAUAAAUGUCACAUAUCCAGUGGUUUAUCAGUAUUAACGCAUGUUUUGAAAACAGAGCUAUGUGACUUUUUAUACUGAUGCUCAGGUCUAUUGUCUCUCUGUUACUUAUUGGUGGAUGUUUUCAUUGCAGAGUGGACGAUCAGCCCACUGCUAUGCAAACUGAGACGUGAUAAUAAACUGCACCAGUGAUCUUAA